CCCCCCCACUUUGCCGUCUCCGCUUUAGUCUCUCCGCCGCUCUUCGCUUUUGUUUCUCGUUUUGACGCCUGUCAUUCAGUGCCUCUUUAGCGCAGAAGGGGAAGUUUCGUACGUUUUGGACAGUGAAAGAGGGAAAGAGCGAGAGAGGGAGAGGGGCACAAACAUUUUUUUUUAUGGGUAUCAGAGUUACUGGUGUGUGCUAGUACACGAGACCCCCCUCCCUCCUUUAAUGCGCUGGAAUGUACAGCUUAUGUCAGUGAGACUCAGGUAUUUUCCCUCAACUCCUGUUAAUUGCUCGCUCUCUCCUUAAGAAGUUGUGGGGCAACUUUUACCCCCACCCACCCCACACUCCCCCGCCGAGGUCCCAGUGCUGCGUCUGUGAGGACAAGGAGACACAUCGCAUGACGGAGGUGAAGAGGAGCGCGGAGACGGAGGUGCCCGCUUGCAGCUGACUUCGGCACGGAGUCGUCGGCUUCCCAGACAGGAGGGGGGGGGGUGUCCUUCGGAGUUCUGCACCCCAGGGUGUUUUUUCUCUGAAUGGUGACACGAGCGCCAGAGAUACUUUGAGACUUUGGCUGAGACUCACUUCCCCAGACUCAGCCUGACCCUGCAGCUACGUUGGAUAGAACUUACUCAACAAUCUCUGGCCUUUGGGGAACCCGAGGAUUUCUGCGGAUGUGGGAGGAUUUUGUUAGAUGAAAGGUAAACAUUGAUGGGAUAUACAUGAUUUUCUGCUAUAGAAUGGCUUGCCCACCGAGGCCUGGGGGGCAAGAGCGGUUUAAUGAGGGUGGCAUGACUGGAGUCUGAGCGAUGCGGUUUUGGCUGCUGCUUCUGUGGUGAGAACAGCUAAGGUAGACGGCGGUUCCUGCGAGCGCGUGUGAAAGGCGAGGGAUUAGCGCCGUCUGUGCACCCCCGCAGAAAGGCUGCAAUUACCAAAAAUAUGGGGUUACAAGACUUCAAACGGAGGCACCCUCAGAGAAUUAUAUCCCUCUGGAGGAUUUUAUCUGCAUACAGGACCAAGAACAAAUUAGAUGGUUUUGGCAUAAUGACAGCAGAAGACACUGACACUACAACCACGAUGAGUAACCCGACCCCGUCCAGCGCCCAGCCUGCCGGCCACGCCCACCACCAGCCAGUCCCUGUGCCUGAGAGCGUGGCUGGGGCUGUCAACGAGAGCUCCCUGUUAGCCUUAAUGGAGCGCACCGGCUACAGCAUGGUCCAGGAGAAUGGUCAGCGCAAGUACGGACCACCGCCCGGGUGGGAGGGCCCCUUGCCCCCAAGGGGCUGCGAGAUUUUUGUAGGCAAGAUCCCACGGGACGUGUACGAGGACGAGCUGGUCCCCGUGUUCGAGAUGGUGGGUCGGAUCUACGAGAUGCGCCUGAUGAUGGACUUCGACGGGAAGAAUCGCGGCUACGCCUUCGUGACGUACACGCAGAAGCACGAGGCCAAGCGGGCCGUGCGGGAGCUCAACAACUACGAGAUCCGGCCCGGACGCCUGCUGGGCGUCUGCAGCAGUGUGGACAACUGCCGCCUCUUCAUCGGGGGCAUCCCCAAGACCAAGAAGCGCGAAGAGAUCUUGGAGGAGGUCUCCAAGGUGACGGACGGGGUUCUGGACGUCAUCGUGUACGCCAGCGCCGCCGACAAGAUGAAGAACCGCGGGUUCGCCUUUGUGGAGUACGAGAGUCACCGGGCGGCUGCCAUGGCUCGCCGAAAACUCAUGCCCGGCCGGAUCCAGCUGUGGGGCCACCAGAUCGCCGUCGACUGGGCCGAGCCGGAGAUCGACGUGGACGAGGAUGUCAUGGAGACCGUCAAGAUCCUGUACGUGCGCAACCUCAUGAUCGAGACGUCCGAGGACACGCUGCGCAAGAUCUUCAGCCAGUUCAACCCGGGUUGCGUGGAGCGCGUCAAGAAGAUCCGCGACUACGCCUUCGUGCACUUCACCAGCCGCGAUGAUGCCGUCCUCGCCAUGGAUCAUCUCAACGGCUCUGAAAUAGAAGGCUCCUGCAUAGAGGUGACGCUAGCCAAGCCUGUGGACAAGGAGCAGUACACGCGCUACCAAAAGGCGGCCAAGGGGGCGGCACCCAUUCCUGAGACCACCCAGACCAGCUAUGUUUACCAGUGCGACCCUUACACGCUGACCUACUAUGGAUAUCCCUACAAUGCACUGAUAGGACCCAACAGGGACUACUUUGUGAAAGUGGCCCUCCCCACGCUGGCUGGCCAGUACCCCAUCUUCUCCACGGGACACCCCACCAAGCUGAUGGAGGACGGGAAGAUGCACGCGGUGGAGCACCUCAUCAACCCCCUGAGCAUCCAGCAGGACCCUGCGGUGGCCGCCCCCACCGCCACCGUCCUCCCCGCCGUCUCCACCCCUCCCCCGUUUCAGGGUCGCCCAAUCACUCCGGUGUACGCCAUGGCGCCCAACGUGCAGCGCCUCCCGGCGGUAGCCGGCCUGUACGGCGCCGGGUACGGGGCCAGCUACCUGCCCAUCGCGGCCCCGGCCAGCACCGCUACGCUGGCAGCCCUGCAGAAGAACGCGGCCGUGGCCGCUGCCUACGGGGGCUACGCCGGCUACGUGCCGCAGGCUUUCCCGGCCACGGCGUUCCAGGUGCCGCUCCACGACGUCUACCAGACGUACUGAAGGAGCCGCCCUGCGCUCUCCGGACAGGGAAUAAACCGAAGGAAAGAACGCGUAUUUAUGAAGAGCCAGUGCCGUUUUCACGAGUCCCAGCUAGCUAGCCGACGGAACCCAGGAGUGUCGUUUGACAGAAUUUCAAGUGCAUUAAACCUCCGUGGCUAAAGAAUAUAAUAAAUAUAUUAAAAAAAACAAAAUAGAAAGAAUAUAUUUUAAAAAAAGAACAGUAUAUUUUACAAAAUGUUUGUGAGUUUAACAGCUACUCAGAGAAUUUUAUUAGAUGCUGUACUACAUUAUUUUGUAUUUUGUAGAACACUUAUUGCUUCCGUCCGUAUAUUUUACCUCUGCAACUUAAAAGAGCGUUUGAAUUUCAUUUAUUAUUAUUUCAUUGUUUUUUUCUGGUAUUUUUGGUAUUAUUGAUACUUUUUGUGUUUAUUUGUGUCCUGCUGGCGAACCACUGUGCCACUUUUUUUUUGUUUUUUUUUUGAAGGACUGGUGCAUUUAGUUCAGCUUGGACUCUCCUCUCACGUGACCUUUCACCUCCAAAAGCAACAUGAGAUAGUAAUCAGACGGCAAUAAGAAUAGCAAAAAAAAUUUCAAACCAAAUGCAGAACCUGCCACUGAAGCAUUAUCCGAAUGUACUGGAGCACCAGCAACUGGCAGACCGGUGUCCACUGGCGCUGUAACUCUCUGCGACUGACAGGUUGUGAUUGUGGCCUUCAUGUCUCAAACCUGAAAUGUGGUUUCCUGGGAGACGAGGCUAUGGAGAAGAUGCAAUGAAAAAAACAUGGUAGCAAUCUGGACUAUCCUCAUCCAUUCAAGUCAAGUUCGAGAUUUGAUCAGAUGUAGCAACUUCGUUUUGGUUCUAGGUACUUAUUUCUCACAGGAAACGGAAUGAUUAAUAUUCUUUUUCUUUUCUACACUACACCCCGUGAAGAAAAGCUUCCAUCUUCUGAGGUUUCCCAGCAAAACAGGAUUGAAGACAUAUUUGCAUUUUAUUGAGUAGUUUGGAUGCCGUUUCACAUUGCUGCUUUUCCUCAUAUGAAGAAUGCAUGACAUUGUUUUGCUGAACAGUCCUGUCUCCUCAGAAGAUGCACCUGUCAAGCAUGAGUGCUUACAAAAUGAUCCCGACCUCUCUCCUCACUUCCAGGAGCCCAGCCAAACAGUUUAGUCACCGUCUGGAGACUGAUCAUGCCUUAAUUUGCCGUAAUCUUGCAAGUAGAUUGGUCUCUCCAUCGCCUCUGAAGUUGGGUUUGGGUAGACGGCCCUUGGCUUAGCAAGUGAGAGAGGGCUGUCUUGUGUGUGAGCUUGCAAAAGGCUUACAAUAUACAUGUCUUAGAUUCAUCAAAGCGAAAAUCUGACUCAGUCCCUGCAAAAUUCAGAGCUGUAAGAAGCAGGUUGUCUUUUGUUAAGCUACUGCAGACUUUGUAGAUACUAAUGUUCCCUGAACCUCUAAAAACAAUUAUUUAAGACUUAAGUGCUUAAUUUGAAAUAGUCCUUUUUUUGUGGCGUGUUGUUCCAGUUCAUUACAGUAGGCCUUCGGUUUUUUUGUAUAUGCUUUGAUACUUGCUUUUAAUGUAAAGGUCUUUUGCCCGACGCAUACCUGUUUUAUUUUAGUUUUUGUGACCUUUGUUUUUUCUUUCACUAGUAACCUCUGUCCUGGCCCCACGUUGAUACGCCGUGCUGAUCUUUUUUUAUCGAGGGUGGGGAGUGACACCACAAUGCAAAGCAGACAGUUAAGCGGGUGUUUGACGAGCUAGUGGUGCUUACUGUGUGAGCUUAGACCCCAGCAGCGGGCAGUCACUGUGUUCCGGCAUGUUUUGUAUGGCGUUGCCUUGACCGAGUAGGAACUUUGAUACUUGCACAAUGUUUGUUUCUUGUUUGGCCUGUUUAAAGGCUAAUUUUAUAACGUUUGGGAAAUGUCAAUGAACGGUUCCUUCACAACACUCUAUUACAACAAAAGUUAGGACAUAUUUAAUAUAUUCAGUGCACAAGUUUUAUAUGAGACUUAGAGAGAGAGCGAAAAAACAGUAUAAUAUAUUUAAAAGGUAAAAAUGUUUUCUUUUAUGUCUUUUUUAACUGUAACCUUGACAACUUGUUUUUUUGCCAAAGCAUCCAAUACGAAGAGAACACUUAGCAAGAGCUGAUAUUUUCCAAGAACUGAUAUUUUGUGUUUUACAAGCUGAAGAAAAAAACAAACAAAAAAUGGAAACACACUAAGUGAGUUGAGUGAAGGCAUUGAUUGUAAUCAUGAGAAGCAGGCCAGGGACUGACACCCUGAGGGUCUUUCCGCGUCCCUGGGGAGGUUCUGUUGGACCUUUCUGUGAGGCGCUUUGACCUGAAUAGCAACAAUGAAACACACAGCUGUGUAAACGGGUAAAGCUGUACAUUGCUUUGGAGUAAAAAACGUUAAGUAGACAGAAAGAGCGUUUGGUACUGCUGUGAGCUGCCGAUGUGGACGCCACGACUCUCCCAUUUCACUGUCGCCUCAGAGGUGGCUUUUCAACUUCAAGCAGAUGUUCUGAGCGAUGUAAACGAACAAGACAUGUAUGGUUCAUGAAAUAUUACUUAAGUGCAAACGUUUAGCGUGCCUUCUGCCAAAAAGUGCUCUAAUUCCAUAGGCCUCUAACCCUGUUUUUUGUUUUUAUUUCGACGUUUUAGCAUGCUUGUGCAGAAUUGCUGUCUUUAUAGUUUUACGUAGUUAAUAAAGCAUUUUUUUGGAAAGGAAAA